AUGCCGUCAGGAGACUACAGCAAUAAAGAGAGGCAAUCUGUUUAUGAAAAGGCAUUGGUAGUGUGUCACGAAGGAGAGAAGGAAUUAUCACUAUUACAGGAAGAUCUAGAUCGCUCAAAACUGCAGACAUACAUCUCUUAUAAGCUCGAAGAACGAGAACUACGUAAUGAGUUGUUUAGAAUCAAGCGCGAGCAGAGAAGUUUGGCAAAAGAGGCGAAACAAAGACAGAGAGAUAACAAAAGCAUUGACGACAUAGCUAAGGAAAUGAAAGCCAUAAAUCCUGGCAACCGUGGUGCAACUGCUGUUAUGCUGGAGAAAAAGUUUUCUUUACCACAGAUUAACUGCACGCAGAAAAACGUCCCGAAAAUUUUGCAACGGAAAUUGUCACACGAGUCUGAAUAUUUCACGUGGACGUUUGGCCUUCCAAAAGUUGAAAACGCCGUUAAAGCUUUAAAUCCUGAGGGCGGACAGAAGAAAAAAGGAAAAUCUGCAGAGAAUGGUAAAGGCUUAGAGGACAGCCAUGGCGCCGAUGAUGGCGAUUUAGUAAGAGCACGGGCAAAUACAAUUCAUAAAGUCGUCUACAAUGUCCCUGUUGCUGAACCCAAGGAAGAAAAAGCAAUUAGCCAAAACUUUGCAUCAGUAAAAACAAAACUUCCCAGAAUAAAUGUAACAGCCUCUCAACAAGCAGCGAACGAGACAGGAAACAUCAUAGUCGAUAAAUUAAGUAAAAAGCGAUCUAGUCGCUUAGAAUUACCUAAAAUAUAG